CAAAAAUCAAACACAUACAAAAUGGAAGACAACGACCAAAACAAUUCCGACCGUGUGAUGAAAAUGCUUUCAGAAAUUGCAGAAAGAGUUGAAUCUAUGCGAGAUCAGGCUGCAGCUAUCCAAAGAGAAAGAGAAAAUAUUCUGGAGUUACUACAGGACAUGCAAGAUCUUGAAUUUCAUAAAGAUCUGCCAGAAGUGGAGAGAGAGGACAUUGAAUCAACAACAGAGAGACUGAUACUUCGAUGUUUGACAGUGGAAGUUGCUGUAUCAACACCAAGGAAUGAGUUACAGGAAGAAGCAUAUGAAUCAGUGACUUGCAUCCUUGACGAUUUACACCUUAAAUUUAAGCAGGAUCCGAAAAAACAUUCCGAUGUUAUAGAAUCUUAUCUCAAUGCCUGUUUGCCUGAACCUUUUAGUUCAAACUUAGACACAAGAUUCCAGUCUAAAAUAUUGGGCUGCACAGCAGAUGACCAGAAAAGUUUCCGGCAAAAGUUGCAAAAUAUGCAUAAACUGGCACUCAAAAUGCCAUUUUGUAAUGGAAACAAAGAGAAUGGAGAGGAAAUCAGUCAUACAAAUAACACUGAAGGUUCAACUGAAGAACAAUCAAGUGAAAAGACUUGAAAGCUAAUGUGAAGUUAAGAGGCAGAAAUACAUUAAUUGAUACUGUAAUUUGAUUCAAGUGUUUGAAAAGUAUCAUUUACUAAUGAUGCAGUAUAGAUAGACUAUAAUUUCAGUCGUUUUUGAUAAAGUUGCAUAUAUAUCUUGUAACAGUAGGUUGCACGUGAUACAUGAGAAUAUAUCCAUUGGAGUUAACAACAGAUGCUCAAUGCGUAGCUGAAACAUGCCAACUCGCAUAAAAAUAGCUUAUUUUAUCUUCAAUUUAGAUGAGUUAUUCACAAAAUUGUAUUAAGUUUCACAAUUAUUCAUUGCCUUCAUUGUUUAUUUUGAACUACAGCUUCAGUUUGUACAUCAUUUUUAUACCAUGAUCAUGCAAAAUGCAAUAGGAUUCGAUAGGGUACUUGUUUUUAUAGUGUAUGGAUUAUUUGAAAUGCAACUUGAUACAUGGAAGGUACGAUACACACACCAUGUGUUAAUCGGCAUAUUUCAUACACACGAAACUUUGGUGAUACGCUUGAUAUAUGCAAAACUAGAACACUGCAGUGAUCAGACUACUGUGAACUGUGAAAUAUGUUGAUGAAAAUUUUAUUUCAAGACCAUUUUAAAUUAAAAAAACAUUGCCGAAAUCAGGGCCAAAAUUUUGGACUUUAUUCCCAUGGCAAAGUUCUUUUCAGGGACUUUCUUUUAUAUUUCAGAACUCUUCUUAUUAUGAUAUUUGCUCAAUUUUUGACCUAGCUCAACACACAAUGUUUUAUAAUCAUAAAUAACUUGAAUGCUUUCCACCUUGUAACCUCAGUGAUACUCUGUGGACAAGGGUGCUUCUGUCACACUUUUGACAAUCAGCAAUUUCCAUGCGAUAUUGUAUUGUUUGUAUGCUGUUUCAGCAUCCUCCAGUCAUGACAGAAAAUUGCUUCGUUGUAACAAUUAGAGAAUGCUGGACUCGCAUACAGAGGAUGUGUAAUUGAACAGAAAAUGCAGAUUGUCAUUAUGGGUUCACUAUUUUUGUUUGUUGUAGUUUUAAGUUACCUACUGUGUUAUAGCCAGUAAAAGAUUUUAGAAUGUUUAUUUUGUAUAAAAUAAAUUUUAUUCUAAAUUUCCUGAAAACUGCUGUAAAAUCAGAUAUUUUUGCGAGGCUAAUGUUUGUUUUAUCUAAAAUUUGCAUUGAUUUGCUUGAUAGAAUAUUUAUAAAAACUUUAACAUAACAGUAUGAUUAUUAACAAUAAUACCAAUUUCAUGAGGAGACGGACCAUCAGUGAAUAUGGUGGUGAUUAAUCUCAUGUGAAACUCUGAUUUUUCAGUGUAGUAAUGGAAGUCGAGCUUUGAUAUAAGAUUGCAUCAUUAUAUAUUUAUUUUCCCAGUCAACAGAUGUAAAAUCUUCCAUGAUUUACUCUCUAGGACAGAGUUGUUUGAAUCCUACCUAUGUUCGAUAUCUGAAUUUCAAAUAUCUAUGUUGAUUUUAUCUCCAGAUGACAAGUGUUCGUUUCAUUUUAAGGAAAUAUUAAAAAAAUUUACUAAUAUAUUUUUUAUGUAUUUCGAAUUGUGUUAUUGAGAUGUUAAUAUUUAUGUUUUAACACUCAAAUGAAUGGUGUAAGGAAAGUUUGAUGUAUACUUUGAAAUCAUUAAUAUUCGUGGGGGACUAAUUUUCGUGGAUUUCAUAGUUGAGUGAAUCCAUGAAAUUUAAUCCCAACGAACAAGUAAAAUUCCCAUUCAUUUUAUGUUCGAAAGUUGAAAUUCAUGAAUUCAUAUCCCCACGAAAUUGUCAUUUUGACCAAAACCACGAAAAUUCAUGCCCAUGAAAUUAACGAUUUUACAGUAGUAUGGACCUUUCUAAUUGUCUUUGACAACUCAGUAAAAUACUAAAGCUGUUUGCCUACGGUAAGUGUAACAAGCUUUCCUUACACCCUUCAGGAUUUGCAUAAUGAUAUCAGAUAAAGAAUGAUACAGAAAACCAUGGACAUUGGACCUUCAAAAUGGUGUUACUCAUAAAAUAAUCAUAUUCAAGUUCUGUGUUUAGCAAAAUCCGAUGGUUUAUAGUUAAGAAAAAUUGCUGAUUUCUUCCAUAAGUAGAACUACUUACCAGAAAUGUCCGUUUUUCAGAAGUUGUUGUAUAGAAGGUUAGAAGAUUUGACUUAAGUUAAAAGCAAUACUGAAAACAAGUACAUUUAAAUGGUGUCUGUGGGAAAAAUGUCUUUCUGCAUAACCUAUCACUAUUUAUGUUCCCUUUUAGUUUGAAAGUACCAGUGACUUAUAGACUUUAAAACUGUUUUAACUUUUGAAUAGUCGAUUGUUUGAAAAUUUAAUCAUUACUUAAAUAUAACACACUUUCUAAAUUGGAUCCAUUCAUAACCACACAACUGUUUGGGUUAGAUGUAACAGUAAGUUCUUUCAGUUGAAAUACACCACUCUCAACAUGUCUUUCAGGUGAAAUACACCACUCACAGCAGGACACCUUGAGUCAGAUACAAGUUCCUUCAAUUGAAGUAAACCACUCAGCUGGAAACCAUGGGUUAGAUUCAAUAUAUAAAGUCUUUCUGUUCAAAAUAAUCACUCUCAACCAUAAACUUUAGGUCAUAUACAGUCGAACUUUGUUAGCCCGAACUUGGAUACUUCGUACACCACCCUUCACUCAAACUCAUUGUGAGGUCCAAGCAAAAUUACUAUAUAAUGUAUAUUGUUCCAAUGCUUAGACUACCAGUAGCUCAAACUAAUUUUGCUUGUCAUGUCGAGUUUGGGAACAAAGUUUUUGGUUGGUAUAAGCUCAUUCUAUGGAAAACAACUACUCUCAGCUGGAUUUUUUUUUUUUUUUUUUCUGUUGAAAAUAACCACUCCCAGGUCACAUAACCAUUUUCAGUUAGUAGCCUUUGGUCAGAUAGGUUCUUUCUAUUGAAAAUAACCACUCCCAACUGGAAAAAUGAACUUAUUCUUGUCCCAGUGGUGUCUAGUUAGGAGGUAUUCCUCUGUAUUAUAUUUUAUAUUUGUGUUGUAUCAUUUUAA